AUGGACCUCAAAAUAGAUGCUUGCGAGGGUGAGAAUCAGUCCCAACCACCAGUUCCAGCAAGAAUUAUUUAAAAAUCAAACAUAUCAGUAAGACCACUUGACGAGGAUGAAAUGAAUGCCCAACUGAAGAAGUUAGAUGAAUUGAAUGUAAAACCAGUCAUUCUAAGUCUUUUUAAACCUUAUUCUGAAAGCUUUAUGUCAAGAAGCCAACACGUACUUACAAUGCCAGAUUUGUAUGACCCUAGUCAUCUUAAACUCAGCUAUCCAGAUAUUCUGAAGCAAUGUUUGAGGUCAGCUUAGACCUCAGUGAUAAUGAACUGGAUGCCAUUGAAGAAGACGCAAGGAAGCAAUCCAAGGGGAAUUUUUUCUUUAGACACAGAGCUGGCCGCAUUGGGGCCUCAGUCAGUUGGACUGUGGCGCACAGUAAUCCAAUGCAGCCAUCACAAUCUUUGAUCAAGUCUCUCUGCUACCCUCACCUGUUCAAAGUUACCUCUAAAGCUAUCUCACAUGACAAGAAAUAUGAGAAAACUGCUGUUGAGACAUAUGUUUCCCUUAUGAGUCAGACCCAUAAAGACUUUCAAGUAAAGUUUUGUGGAAUAAUAUUAGAUAAAGAACAUCCCUGGUUGCAUGCUACUCCUGACUUUAUGGCCUCUUGUUCCUGUUGUGGUGAUGGUUGCGGGGAGGUCAAAUGUCCUUAUAGUAUUAAGAAUGGGGAUUUUCAGACCUACAUCUCAAAGAAGACCUCCUGUGUGGGUUGAAGAGAAAUCAUCAGUACUAUUAUCAGACCCAACAUCAGCUCAGCAUAACUAAGCUGAUGUACUGUGACUUUGUAGUGUUUGCAUUCAGUGUAAACAAUCAACCUGUGAUUUUUUACGAAAGAAUAUAUCCUGAUUACACCCUGUGGGAAUCACUACAACCAAAAUUGACUACGUUUUGGAGAAUUUGCAUCCUACCAGAAAUUUUAGGUAGGUGGUAUACAAGAAAAUGCCACAUGCCAAGUCUGGUGCAAGUUCCAGUAUCAUGCAAUGAUAAUGCCAUUUGGUAUUGCAGAAAAGUUACUGAAGAAGGAACCAUCACUUGCUCUAAUGCCAAGUGUCCCUAUAUGAGGUUUCACCUGUCAUGUCUGCGAUCAAGUACCUGUCGUCUAUUACCAGAAUUCAAGAGAAAUGCUAAAACCAGAAAUGCAGUACAGCAGGAUGUAUGUAGCAAAGCUCGCAGCCUGAAUAGCAUCUGUAUUUGUAAUUCAAAGCCGGGACCAGGUGAUAGACUUCUUGAGUGUCACAGUGAAGACUGUUUAAAUGGAAAAUUCUUUCAUUUAGACUGCCUGAAAUAUAAAAGGAUGCCAAAUAACAGCAAGACUACAUGGGUUUGUAACAACUGCAAGGGAAAGCCCCAUAAAGCAAAUGAUGUGAACAUUGCCACAGUUCAGUCAGGUGAAAACGACAGUUCUAGUUUAACUUCUUCAAUUCAAUCUACCACUUGUACCUCUUCAAUUCUACAAGAUCUUUGUGGUGAUAUUGAUAGUAUGAUGACCUUUCGGUUGAUCAAUGUGACAGUGAUGAUGAUAUACAAAUAACUAAAGUUAGUCAUGGAAACAUUGAUAAGACAGCCUCUCUAGGGAAUUUAACUCAGGCUGAAUAUGAUAUCAUUGAAUCUCCAACUGGAUGGUUGGACUGCAGUGUCAUACAAGAAGCUCACAUUUUACUGAAGCAAGUAAAUCCCCUGAUCAAGGGAUUUCAAAGGACUAUGCUGGGACCAGUAAGAAACUUUGGUGUAGUAACAAGUGAUUUUGUGCAAAUUCUGCACACAGGUAACCAACACUGGGUCUGCGCUAGCUCUGUUUGUUGUUUACCGGGUAUAGUAAACUUGUAUGACAGCUUAUUCCAUGACAUCGUUGCUAAUGAAGUGGAAGAACAACUGAAAGAUCUCAUGGGAAACAAUUUUACGGGAAUGAACAUUGUACCUGUCAAGAAACAAGGAAAUGGCAGUGAUUGUGGUGUGUUCUCUAUUGCAUUUGCAACCUGUAUAGUGUAUGGCAGAGACCCGAGUAUUGUCACAGUUGAUGUACCACAGAUGCGACCUCAUUUGUCUUGAUGCCUUAAAAACUGGAGUGCUCAGCCCAUUUCCUCAGAUUUAAAGUAAUUAUUAAAUGUUACUGACACUCGAAUUAGCCAUGCAUUUUACUGUAUAUACAAGUGUAUGAUAAUCAAAAUGUACAAGAGAUACAUACAAUAUUGAUAUGUAUGCUUGAUAUAAGCUGUUCUAGUUGUAGUCAAAACAAAAGACUAUUAAUGCGAAGAGAAACCUGUUAUUAAGGUGAAGUCAGUGAUCAAGUCAUCACUUUAGAUUUAUGCAUAAACUGUCUUGUUUAGUUAAGUUAUCCAAAACAGGUGUAAACAGCACAGACAUGGUUUGAAUAACCUGUUACAAUUUCUUUUAAUCAAAACAAAAUACUAUUUUAUUUUAUCCAAUCAAACAAACAAUGGUAGAAAUUUUGUAGUGGAACUAUUCUUGAUAUUUCUAAAGUGAAACUAAUUUAUGGCAUUGAACUAAAAAAGCAGACAACAACUAGCAAGAUAGUUGGUAAGGACGACAAAGAUAAAAUGACGUAAGUAACCAAUAUGUGUAUGUCUACUGAUAUAUUUUAUUAUUAUAUUAUAUUAUUCCAUUAAAUAAAACUUGGUUCUACAAAAUGAGAAGGAGCUUGUCAUGUGUUCAUUGACGCACCUUUGUGAAGUAGCUUCUCUUAAACAAGGCUAGCACUUAUUCAAAGUUUCAGUCAUUCAAAUAAGGUCUACAAGUAUCUAGUGGUCAACUAGAUUCUCAUGGGUUAACUAUACUCACUCUAAAAACCGUUACAGAGUGAACCCAUACUUGCUAUCUUGAAUUUUGAUUUAUAAAACUAGUGGUCCCUCUCAAGUCCACUCCUUAUUUACAGUGUGGCCCUCUGUGUACAGCUACCAAAACUCAUGGUCCAUCUCAAACCCCAAAAUGGAAUGCAUUUCUAGAGUUUCACUGGUUUUCUAUCUAUGAAUAAUAAAUUGUAACAGCCUAGUCAAAUGGUAUUAUUAGGGGACACAAAUUAACAAGAGCAGAACAAACCUUAAUUACUCGAUCAAUUACAGGGGUUCCUUCUUCAAAAGAUCCGUGAGGAUUGCUUAUGAGAAAGUCAGUAGAAAGUGUCCCCUGUAGUAUUGUGUAUUUGCUUCGUAAAAGACCUGUGACUCUUUCCACAUGGAUGCGGACACUGGCAAUACCCCUUGUUGUUUCAACGUCAACUGGGUCAAGUUGAUCCUUGCCUUUCGUAAAAGCUGGAAUUACUAGCUUUGCUCCCUUGAAGGCAACACUCUGAUGAAUAGUGAAGCCACGAUCGGCCAUCACCAUGUCCCCCAGAACCACCUUACUCAAUAUCCCACAGUUUUCAGUCAAAAACUUGUCUGAAGUUCGACCACCCGAUGCCUCAGAAACAUAGGAAAUGGUACCUUGUGGGGUGAUGCCAAUCAGCACCUUGAUAGUGUUGUGGUGCUUGUAGGAACUGAAUGUUUGUGCUCUAGCAAGUAAAUUAGUGGGUUUUUCAAUGGAAAUUUCGAAGCAGUCAAUUAUUGCAGUAGUUUUUGUUCCAAAGCUUAACUUGAAGCAUUGUGGCAUUGUUCUUAUAAGACUUUCACGAUCAGGCCAGUGGAAAAAUGGAGAUAACCUUAUGUCCAUAGUCAUCCACCAAGAAUGAAAUGUCCUGGAUACUGUAGGAACUGUGAUGUUGAAGCGAUAAGCUAGGUCUUGAAGAGGUGCAUCUAAUCUCAACUUAAUCAGGACCAUAACAAAUUCUUGAAAAGGACUCAGUGAUUGAGAGCGACAAGAAACAGACGGUGACACAAGUUCAAACACAAAGUUCAGAAUUUCAUAUGAUGGGAGACCAGUGUAAAACAGUACUUUAUUGUCGCUAUUCCUGAAAUACUCUUCGUCAAAUUCAAUGACUUUCUUCCGCAAAUAAAUAAUCAAAGUCCUUUGUCUGUGAGCUUGCAUCAUAAAAUUUACAACGUAAAACGUCAGUCUGAGUACACAUCUUGCCAAAGCUUUUGACUUCAGUCUGACAACUUUAAAUAAGCGAGGUAUUCCUCUGCCUCGCACGGGGUCUUGGCGAAUAGAGAUUGGACUAAAAAAUUUUAAUAUUUGCAAGCAUAAAUUGUGUAUAAGAAAGCUGCAAGGGUUUCAGCUGUUUAUCUUCACCGCCAUAGAUGAAAUCUGAAGGCGACAAUUGCUUGCAUCCCAGAGAAGAGCUCGAGUCUGUAGUAAUGGAAGGAGAAGCAGCAGGGGUUGUGGCCAUGUCAUUGUCUUUGGAUGGCGAGGAGAUUGAAAACGCCGCUUCGAUGUUCGAAAGCUCUUGUGAGUCAAAGGCGGGGAGAAGACCAGAGGCCUCUGAAGGAACAGGUUUGGAGGGCAGGGGAUCAUCGGUGUCUUGCUAGAGGCGGGAAAUUACAGUAUAAAGGAGGAUCUUUUGGCCUACCACAAAACCCAUGUCAGCCAAAUCUUGUUCCCAAAUGGCGGCUAAAAACGACUUGGAAGUUAUAUGGUUCUGAGCCAAUAUAUCCAUUACAUCUUCUGGGAUUUCGUUGGAUCGACAAAAGUUGGAGAGCAAACUGCUGUCAGGGCUAGAUGGCUUUGGAGAUUUCUUGCUCGCUCGUUUAGGAGGCAUAAUGAGAAUGUAACGAAAAACAAAAUGUAAAUGCUACUUGACUAAGUUUGCUGCGGAAUGAUAACAAAGCCCGUGUACUUAUGCAAACACAGGAUGUGCCCAGUUAAUGAUUACUAACUCUAACUAGGUAUUAUACUGCCAUUGGCUGACAUCCAAUACUGUAGAAUAUUUAAAUAACAGCUAUUUCUUUAAAUAUUGGCAGCAAAUUCUUAUAGCCUUCAUGUUCAAUAGGACGAUUAAAAAGCUACAGCAAAAUAGUGGAAUUAGCUACUGGCCAAUAGGAACCCGCAAGUCAUACCUAUUCGGUUCACAACUAUGCUAAAACGUGUUAAAAUGUUCUUAACUGGCUAUAAAAUCUUAAAAUUUGAGCCCUUGAAAAUAGCACAAUAUAUCAUGUUUUUUAAAGUUAAAAGUCCAUAUAUGCACUCAACGUCUGAUGCUUCAUAUGUCAAAUGCAUUUACCGCAUUUACCGCAUUUCAAAUGCAUUUACCGCCACCUGGUUAGCUCAGUUGGGAGAGCGCCGGUCUACUGAGCGGGAGGUCGCGGGUUCAAACCCCGGCCGGACCAACACUCAGGGUCUUUAAAUAACUGUGGAGAAAGUGCUGCCUUUGUAAUAAUAUCUGCAAACGGCUAGACUUUCUAGUCUUCUCGGAUAAGGACGAUAAACCGUAGGCCCCGUCUCACAAGCCCUUGCAUAUGUAUUAAAUCUGUGGGACGUUAAAGAACCCACACACUCUUCGUAAAGAGUAGGGCACGUAGUGCCCGGUGUAGUGGUCUAUCUCACUUUCACACUCAUGUAUGGGGGCAUCAUUACUCAUUCCUUCAUUACUUGUAAACUGCACCUUAAGCAAUCUGGCAAAGUCCCCCAACCAGUGUUGUAAAUUAUCCCUGAAAAGCCCUGAGGGGAGUGGAUAAUAAGAUAUUUACAAUUUACUUAGCCUAGUUCCUUAGGCCUCUUUUUGUCAACGAUUGUUCUUUCUCCUUUCAUAUUUCACUCGAUUGAUAAUAUCAGGGAUAGUGAACUUGCACAGAAGUUCCAUCCCAUGUAUUUCGUUUUCAACGGCAAUCUUAACAGCGGUUUGCAAAAUGACACUUCUAUUCACCAUACUCCGACAUGCCCUUAGAAGAAAAUUUGUCUUCAAAAUUUGUCUUCAUCAAAAAUGUUUCUAAUGACGAAGCUGGGAUUAGAUGGAGCUAUAACAUCAGAGCUACAUGAACUCGUGGCAGAUGAAAAAAUAAAAUUCUUUUUCUCUGAAAGAGUGUCUGUUUGUAUGGGUGGUUCUGUAGGGGGUGUGCCAUCUUCCUCUUCUUCAUGCUUGCAGUUAGAUUUGGGUUCUAAACGCCAUUCACUUCUCACUCUGUCAGACGCAUUUUUCGAAUCUGCUUCCUUGAGGACAGGAUUAUCUUUCAUUUUAUUUCUGAAGACUUCCAUAGUAACACAUUUUUUUUUGUCAAUUUUGUUAGCCAUAAGUUCCUUUAGGGCUACCACCUGUUCUUCCUUCCAAGACAAAUGCAGAUUUUUUUUCUUUUAGGUUACUUCUUUUGAUGACAGAUGCAGGUGUUUUCUCAUGUGCUGUCUUGAUUUUGGACAGGUUACUUCCUGCUUCUAGGCAUGUCCCUUGUUUCUCAUGAAGAUGGUAAAACCUUGUCGCAGUACUGUCUUUGUGUUCCAUGAGAUCGGCAAGCCGACGUUUCAUUUUUUUAUGGUUUUGAUGAACACUUGUCACAACUCUAUACUCAUAUUUGACAGCAGAUUUACGGAAUAUUGUUGACAAAACGUGCCCCUCCAUUCCUCCCUUUUUCCAUGCUGCAUUUAUGAUGGUAGAUAUCUGACCAGAUUCUAAUUUUUGAUCCAGUCCAAGACAGGAACACCCUUUACCCUUGUCAGUGUUAUGUUCACCAUCUGAUCUUGCCACUUAACUGCGUACUUUGUCUACAUAAGCUAUCAAAUAUGAGUAUAGAGUUGUGACAAGACAACUCGGGCAGGGCCAUGGGUAUCUGCGGUCUUGUGCUUGCUUGCUCUCUUUACUCCUGAAUUGUACGGUGUGGGUUGUGGGUCCUGAGAAACUGGCUACCAAAAAGGUUCUGCUAGCUAAUUUAUUGCAGUGGUUUCACUACAAUAAACUUGUUCUUGACAUGAAGCAGACAGAAUUCAUGACGUUCAGCACCCACUGAUGACUUGUGAGACAAAAGUGUGAUGAAAGUGAUAUAAGCCUAAAUGGACAUUCUAUUAAGCAUAUGGACACAUUUAAGAACCUGGGUGUUGUUCUUGAUGACACCCUUUCCUUCAAUCACCAUGUGGACUAUGUGAGGAUGAAGGUAUCUAAGAUAUUCGAAUGUUGUCUUGGAUAAGACUUUCACUUACACCAGAAGUAGACUCUAUAAAGCUAUUGUCCUCCUGGUUCUAGAUUAUUGUGAUGCUGUGUGGCAUGAAUGUUGACAAGGAAACAGUGACAAGAUGGAACAACUACAAAGACGAGCAGCGAGGAUCUGCUACUUCAAAUCUGCCUCAAAACUAUCAACUGGUCAAAUUAUGACCAAACUGGGCAUUUUCAUAAAAAUGCGGUUCAUAGUGGUUGCAUUUAACAAGCCCUGAAAAAUUUCACCUGCUCACUCUUACAUGCUUAAAAGUGUUCACAUAUGUGCAUGUGAAAUUUUUCACAUGCAUAGGGUCUAUUAUGCAUGUGAAAUUUGAAGUUCACAUGCAUGACAAAAUUGCAUCACAUGGGACACGUAAUAAAAUGUAUGGACAAGUUCACACAUGUGACGAAAAUGUUUGACAUGUAUUACAAAAUUUCACGUGCAAUUCAAAACGUUCACAUGCAUGUGAAAUGCUGAUGUGGUGAGGUUGUAUUUUUGCCAACAUUGAUUUCACAUGGUUCCUUAUUUUCACACGCUUUUCACAUGAGGUUCACCCACAUAGCCCUAGCAAUGUGGCCGUAUCAGUUGCUUUCAAAAUGGCUGCUUGUUUUCCAUAUGGGCAUCUGUAAGCCUUGACUGUAGGCCAGUAUCACCGGGUCCGACAGUCAAUACAGUUGCAGUCAAAUGUUGCCCUUUUUGACCUGACAAAAAGUAAAAAAGUUGAAAUCAUAAACCAGAAAUAAUAAACUAGAAACCAGUUGUUCAUUUCAGUGUGACCCAUUUAUUACUGAUGGCAAUGCUGCUCAUCCUAGAAGACUUUUUGGGACAAGAGUAUGAGACGUUAGUAAUCACACCUCUGGACUGUACUAAAAAGUAAUUACCAUAGCUGGUAGACCUUCGUGCUUUUGAAGUUGUAUUUACUAUAUAUAUAUGGAGUCAAUGGAUGGCAAAGCUAACAGGUAUUAUCGACGCUGUCAGGGUUUCAUGGGAAAAAAACCUUUCAUCCAUUUCUUCUCUGUGUGCUGAUUUUAUGUAUGGUUCCAGAAAAUAUCCAGACCUCCACUCCCCACAGUUCAAGAGAUAUACCCUAUGAACCCCCUCCCCUCUGGAUUGUCUGAAAUAGGGCAUUGUGUUGUGCCGCACAGGCUUUUCCUGUUUCUCCUCUCUCUCCUCUCCUAGAAAUUCUAGGUAUUUCAAGAAUGCUUUGCAUUUGAUAUUGAACAUCUUUCCAACAGUCUUGUUCUUGAACUUGCCAAGCACAGGUUUUGUCUUCUUGACCCCUUCCUUUGAAAUGCAUGGAAAGAACUUUUUCUUGAUCUCUAUAUUAUAAAGCAAUUGCCCUUCUGCAGCUCUACAUAAUUUCUUUCCGGAAUUCUUUUAACUUACCAUUGGCUGAACUCCUUAACAAAAUCUUUGAGGGACGUUACAAGUUCUCCUUUCAUUUCAUUAGGAAUUCUACUUUUCUUCCAGAGACUUAACUGUCUUAAUAAGUGACAUUAAGCGAUUCAGUUUCUUUUUCCUGGGUUUGAAUUUAAUUUUCUUCCGUGCAACGUUUGCUAAACAGCUGAAGAACCCAUCCUGUAAAUAAAAGAAAGAUCUUCCUGUCCUGCAGAAUGUCUAUGCUCUCUGUGCUCACGUCUGGUUGACAGAUCUUGUUCUUUGUUUUCCUGAUCUAACUUUUCGGCAUAAACAAAGCCCAAAAACACAUCCUUUACCAUUUGAACUAUACUAGUGGUAAGUUGUGGACUGAAUGCUGUUGCCGUGAACUGCUGUUGUCUGUGAUGUUCAAACACAACUCUCUUUUUGAAUGAGUGAUUUCAUGGUCGCCAUUGUUUCUAACAUUACCUGAAGAAACAACUGACUUUUCAAGAGUUGCGGCAAGGGAUCAGGACCUUUCUCCUCAUGGAAAAGCUUUCUCUUCGCGACAAGGUAACAGCAAUCUAUUAAAUAAACCUUUGCAGGCGGCUUUAAUUUCCUCUUCACCACCGACAGCUGCCCACGUCAAUUUCAUGGUUUUAUUUUCCUCCAAUUCCAGCGGUUUGCUCCACGUUCUUUCUACCACAACCUCCAUGGACUGAAAGAUCUCCUGCUCCAUUUUCCUGCUCAGUACUUCAGUUAGCUUCUUGGUUUCAGCCUUGUAAGUUUACAUGGUGUUUGGAAGUGUUUCCCUUGAUUUCCAACCAUUUUGUUUUAGCGGGCAGGGGAACGUGGGGUAAAAUUAACGCUUUCUAAAGUGGACUAAGAUAUUCUAAAACGAAAAAAAUUCAGCUGAAAAUUGAGGCUUGUUUUAAAUUCUUGCCGAAUUUGAAAAUUUCAUCUGAAUUGUAAUCAUUAAGCAUCACUUCUGAAGGUUAAGUCCACCUUUGGCUGAAAUAACUUGUGUUGACCCUUUUUUUAACUUGACUGAAAAUUGGUUACUUUACGCUGCUUAACAAAAUGUUAAGUUAAAGAAAUCUCAAGAACCCCAUGUCUUUUGUAAUCGCUUCUUCAGAAAUGUGAAAGUGAUGGCAUCAAAAUGGUGUUUCAGAAAUUUCCGAAACACUUAAGUCUGAAAAAAAUGAAGAGAUACAGGUCACAAAUGUGUUUAUUAAUGGUUUCAUACAGAACGUUUUUUGUAGAGGGUGAGAAAAUGUUACUUCAGAAAUGUCCCAAACUGUUCUAUAACGAUUGUUGCAGAUUUCUUCUAAAAACGGUAAGAAAACGUUAUUUCAGAAAUUUCCCAAACAGUUUCUAUAACAAUUGUUGCAGAUUUCUUCUAAAAACGGUAACAAAAUGUUGCUUCAGAAAUUUCCCAAACACUUUUUUGUAAACUUCGGGUUGUUCCAGAUGUCUCUCAAAGACGGUCAAAAGAUACUGCUUCAGAAAUUUCCGAAACAAUCUUUACAAGAAGGGAUGUUCCAGAUUUAUCCUAAAAAUGGUCACAAAGUGUUGCUUCAGAAAUUUCCGAAACAGUUCUUAUAUACUGAUUGUUCCAGAUUACCGUUUAAAUAAGGAUCACAAAAUUUGUCUAACAGACUCUAGUGCAUCCCCCAAAUUAAAAUAGUACAUGUACAAAUUAAUUUCCGUGUGUUAGAUAACUGAGUAAUUUAUAAGUCUGAAAUAGAUAUAGCACUCAAAAUUAAGUCCGAUAUGAAUUAAUAUAUAAUUAUCCUCAAUGAACAGUACAAAGAAUUCCUGAUUAAAGAAAAAUUAAUUAAAAGCAAAAGCAAGCAUUGGAUGUAAGCGUGUUUUCAGUAACGUUCUGCCGGACAACCAUUCAAAAAAAUUAAUCACUGCUCUCUGGCUUUUCAUUAAAAGCAAAGUCCUCCUCUAAAUUUCCACGAAUUGCAUGCAACUUCUCCACAUUCUUAUCAAACACUAAGGGGUGCUUCCCUUUCUUAAAGCUUGCAAGUGCGGCAGAACCUGGAAUUGACACAACAAAUAUGGUUUUUAGUCAGCUGCGGAUGAUACGAUUGUUAUUUGUAAUCAGAAAUCGAAGUUGUUUUCUUUUUGCAUUAGACUGCUACCAGUCUCCCAGGAUUGUCACGCGGGUGAACAUGUUUUGUGCGUAGACGUCUUCUCCCUCGCCUGUUUGCGGGUUUUCUUCGUUUUGCCUCAUCCCAUGAUUUACAAGCAGAUUGCUCAAGUAAAUGUCGUUGAAGGUCUUUUAUUUCUUUUAUUUUUCCACAUUCUUGUUCCAAGCCCAUAAGGCUUAACUCUCGCCUGUCUACUUUAUUCAGGAGCAUCUCCAGUUCGUCUUCAUUCAAAUUCCCCCUUAGACAUUUAAAUUUUGAGACCAGGCAGUCUAUUGUUGUUUGUAAGUUUGAAUCCGAUGAUGACAUCCUCUUCAUGAUUCUGGUAGUCACUUUGUGUCCGAGGAUUUCUAGAUUGUCAUAUUUUUCAAGAAUGCUGUCCAACAGCACGUGAAGUUUUGUCACUGAAUGAAUUUAGAAAAAAAACACUAUUUCAAGACGCUGCAAAUGCAAGAUAACCAAAGUUUUGUCAAGAUUAGAAAUUUUAGCCUAGAUUCUCAUACUUUUGCUAACACAUAAAUCCUUGAUAUAUUGCUGAAAUACUUAAAUAAACCAAUAGGAAAUGGGCCUUUCGUGUCUGUUGGUCUUCAUUAUCAUAUAUAUGGCUGAUUCAGCCAUCGGGUAAGAUGAAGCUUGUAGGCCUUUCUUGCCCAAUCGCGAUUUUAUAUUUUGCCGAUCCCACAGGUGCAGAUUAAUUUUGUUUUCGUCUUUCUUAAAAAGGAAAAUGAAUAACUAUUUUAUUGACCAGGCUGGUCAAUAAAAUGGCUGCUGCUGCAGCUUCAUUCUUUUUAUUUUGUUUUACGUUCCAAGUGGACUUCGACAGCCGUUUCUCCCUGCUACUUGCCACUUAGGAUGUUUCAAAACUAGGAGCGUUUCAAGGUGAUAAGCGAAGAGAAACGGCAGUUUUUGUAAGCUAACUUCAACUCAGUCUCAUUAAAACACGGAAAAGUACUUGGGCAAUGUGCAUGACUUACAGAUUCUCCAAGGACAGAUUGGCAGUUUUGUCUCCAUUCUUGUUAUUUUUGGCCAUGAAACAGUUCGUUCAGUAGGGUAGGACACAGCUGAACCUUCAAUCCAAGAAAGACAAGAAAAUAAAAAUAAACAAUGUUGCUUGAAUUAUAAUUUAUUGUAAAAGGAAGCAAUUAAAGAACGACAGCGUUCUUAGUGCAGGAAUGUUUGAAAAAGGUUUUGUUUUUUUUUUACAGAUGUUCUCUAGGACUUAACCAAGGAUAACCACAAACCUUUUCUCUGGUAGUGACCUCAUGGUUCAUCUUGUCUAUAUGAUUAUGUAACUGCGCUAAUGGCAAUGCAUCAACAGUAGGCAUUUCUAGAGAAUAACAUCCAAAAGUAACUAAAAUCAUAAGGAAGUAAAAUUAACAAAAUGACAAAUUAACAGAAAAACAGAGGGGGAACAGAAGGCCAAGCAAAGAGUGAUUGUAUCGAAUAAAGAAAAGCCUCGAUAAGAAUUAUUGAGCAUGCUUGUUUUUGAAAUAACUUGCAGUGUUUGCAGAUAUUUUCGGAGAAGGGUUGCAUGAAGCUGGCUUUGAAAGCUGAAGUAAGGUCCGUGAGGUAAAAUUUUCAUUAAAGCUUUUAUAGGUUUACCGUCUUUUACCUCUAGUUUUGAAGAUGAUUCAUAAUACAUUCCAAGUAUUUUUGAAUUUAACACUUCAAUACAGUUGCGCAAGUGGCCCCGUGCGGAUAUACAUUAGCCUUUUUUCAAGCAGUGUUGUUACAUUGUCACAAAGUGAUAAUGUAAUCAUAUAAUAAUAUAUCUAUAACCGGAACGUAGCCAGUUAGUAAUUCGAUUUCCCAUUGCACUACCAGAACUGUUCACCUGCAUAAAGCUGGACAUAACAAACUUCAGUGAUUCCGGAACGUGACCCUCUUGUUGUAGUUCACUGAGAGCUUGCCUCCUGUGGUUACAGCCUAUAAUUUCUAUUUCGUAACUCUCUAAUUGAUCUUCCACGAAAUAGGACUUAUCUUUGAGGUCUUUAACCAUUCCAAUCAGUGGCUUCGCGAAAGACGGGACGCUGGAGGAGCUCCGACUUUAAAACAUUGACGUAAUUUUUGUCCAAGUUUCUCAAUUUAAAGGCCUCUCUCGGAGGACACAAGCAAUCUGUAAUAAUCUUGAAAGUACCUGUGAGAUUAAAGUAAUUUGUGUGGAACAUUUUAAAAAGCUACAGUUAUUUUAUUUGGUAUAAAAUUACUUUGACAAAUGGGUAACCAAACUUCAGUUUCUUGACACAAGGUUCUUGUAGAACUGCUUGGCAACUGAGCCCUCAGUAAGAGAUUCAGCCAGCCGUGGAAGACUUUGAUGCACGCGUAUUGACUUCACAGUCUAAAAUCAAGGGCCAAAAGGAGACACAUUUCUAAUAAAUUGAAAGGUAGGUGGUCUUCUGUAACAUAAAGGUUUUUAAAUUUGGAUUGUGGUAACUUAAAAUACAGUUAAUUUUCAACUGGCAGCAUAGUUUAACGCCUGUUUUGAAGGUAACUGUUUAUAGUUCAAAAUUAAACUUAAAAAUCAAAUUAUAAAAGACAUGCACAUGUAACUUGAAAAUUUCAACUGGAAAGAAAACAAAGUUUGCUGACUUUUUCUUGAAUAGGUUGACUUCCCUGGAAAUAUCCCCGCAAGUCACGGUUAAAAUCUUCGUAUGGAAAACAAGGAUUUGACCACAAUUGUCCCAAGUUCACUACUGCUUCCUUUAAAUGAAGGACUUGGUGUACAUUGAAUGUCUGGAAUCUUUCACCUGGAAAUAAAUGAAAGGUUAUCAACAUUACCCCACAUUUCUAUUAUCAAUAGAAGGUUGACUGGAAAACUAAUCAGACUGUAUCAUGGAAACUGAAAGUAAAUUGACACAAAUUAGAAACAUGUUUAUUCCAACCAUAAAGCCAUGGAGCCUGUGCACAGAACAGCUUGAGGAGGGCACCAGCCUCCUGCACAUCUGCUUCUCAAAUGCUGUCUUUGAGGAGGCGGUAAGUUCCUCCCACAAGGAAAGCAAGGUGUUGCCACUCAGUCUUCCAAAGAACAAUGGUAGACAGUACACAAGAAAAGCUCUCUUCUCAUUGACUGAAAAGGAAAAACAGAAAGAGACUCUCUUCAAUAUGUACAACCAGAUGAAUUUAUGCAGGAUACACUGUACAGUCACUAAUGUUACUAUUUUGGUAUGAGAACAGGAGGGUGAUCAUAAUAAUUAUUAUUUUUAUUUAAAAUUCUGGUCACCAUGUGUUCUUAUUGGUCAAGAUGCCUCAGAUAAUUUUGGAAAUCAGUACGACCUACUCAGCAAUCUGCUAGCAGAUAAGUGACUGAUCUGUAGGUUUCAAGUGCAAACCUUAUUCAUAACACAGGUACUGAUCAGUGUUCGUAGGUUUUUUGUAAAAGGCGUCCUUAUGAAUCUAUGACCAAUGUGUCAAGAAAGGAAGUUGUGUUGUACAGUACAGUACAGUAUCUUUAUUAAAUCUCGAUUUAAUUUACAAAUUUGGAAAAGGAACGAAGAAAAGAAAGACUAAUUUACAAAUGUAAUUAUUAGUAUGAAAUAGAAAAAAGUAGGUACGAUGAUAUAUCGUAUAUACAUAUACAUCCACCUAUUAUUGACUUAAACUACUCUAAUGACACAAAAACUGUCUUACUUCUGCAAGCAGUCAUGUAGUUCUCGGUGCGACAUAGCUCCAAUUUUGCACCACGCUUAAAGCUAGUGAGUGUUUUACUAUUUCUUGCGCUUGAUUUUAACGAGUUCCAAGUGUUAAUAGAUGGAUAGUGAACGGAACAUUGUGCAAUGGCUGUCCUGCACAUAGGAACGUCAAGUUUUUCCCUUAAUCUGGUAUUAUAUGGAUUCCUGUUCUUUUUCUAAAGUAGCAACCUUGGUAGGAGGGCGCAAGUCCAUUCACUAUUUUGGACAACUGUGUGACAUCAAGUACUAACAGCAGAUGUUUAACAGAGGACCAACCCAGUUCCCACAGGACUGGUGAGAUAUGGUCGAACUUCCUAGUAUUAGUUAACACACGAGCAGGAAAAUUUUUGUACAAGUUGCAGUUUAUGAAUGUUCUGCUUGAAAGUGCCAGAUCAUACAGUAGAACAGUAAAAAAGCUUACUAAAAACCAAGCAAGUCAAAAUGGUGAGGAGUACGGAUUUGGAAAAUAGAUGCCAACUAUGUGCUUUUAUGACACAGAGUAGAGAUAAGGGACGAAGUCAAUGUACUUACCUGUUCAUUAAAUGUAAAGUUCGGGGCUAGUAUGAUAGGCGUACGUUGAUCACUAUAAUUAAUUCCCGCGUAUUUAGUAAAUUAUUGUAUUGUUCAUCAGUAUGUGUUAAUACCACUGAGAAAAACAUCAAGCUAUUACAAACAGUGCAAAGUUUUGCAGCCCAGAUAGUUUCUGGAAGGAGGAAAUUUGAUCAUGUUACUGCCAAUGCAGUUAGGGAUGCUACCAUGGUAUUUAAAUGCUUAAAUGGACUUGCACCUCCAUAUCUUUGUCGAAAGUUUAAAACCAGAUCGGAAUUGCACAACUGCAACACUAGGAAUAGAGACCGCCUACAUAUACCACUCUGUAGGACGGCUGCAGGUCAGUGCGCGUUUACCUUCAGAGGCCAAAAGCUGUGGAUUAGUCUCCCAGACGAGUCUCAGUUUAUCACUAAUUUCGAUGUAUUUAAAGUAAAAUUUAAGGGUAUUUUUGGAAAACUAAGUUUUAGAUAUUGGACAUUGUAAAUUAAGCUGUAAAGCCUUUUUGUGGAGAUUAAUGAAGUUAUUAUUACGUAAAAUUUAGCACAGGGAUUUUCCCUGGGGAGAAAUAUCCAGUCAAGUCUCAUCCCGAGACCUCAGACUUCCAGCACUUUUCUGAGGAUGUGCGCCGAUCCGAGGAGUGGCGACUUUUGCAUCGUUCUUGUUCGGUUUUUAAUCACUAGUUGCUCGAAGUGGCCUGCCAGCUUCUUUGACACUGAACCCAAUGCACCUACAACCACUGGCACCACUUUUGUCCUUGAUUUCCAGAUCCUUUGAAUCUCUCUUGCCGGGUCUUGGUACUUUUCACACUUUUCAGUUUCUUUCUGCAGAAUAUUACUAUCUCCGGGAACAGCUAUGUCCACAAUGAUUGUUUCCUUUGCCUUCUUUUUCUGAAUUACAAUGUCUGGCCUCCUGUGAUGGAUUUCACGGUCUGUUUGGAUGGUAAAGUCCCACAACAGUUUAACCUCCUCAUUAAACAAACUCAGUUUGGUUUUACUAGGAUUGAUGUGCAGCACCAGGCGGUGAUGAGACGAAGAUCUUCAGUGUCUUUAAUCAGGCAGGAGUCAAUGUCCUUGAAUCAGAAUGAAAGGUAAACCAUCGUAUCGUCAACAUAUGACUCGACGCUUGAAAAUUGACAACGGAGGGUAAGUCAUUCAUGUAAAGACUGAGCAGGAGCGGCUCUAAAAUGGACCCCUGAGGUACGCCAUGUGUAAUGAUUAGCUCCUCAGAACAAGAUGUUCAUAGUCGUGUUGACUGCAUAUGGUUGGUAAGGUAGCUCUCAAACCACUUUGUCGCUUUACUUGAUGCACUCAGCCCUUGCAACUUCAGGAGUGUCCUAUGACAUGUGCUAUAAAAUGCCUUGCUUGGAUCGAUCAGGACUAUAGCUGUUAUUUCCUUCUGGUCCAUUACUUUGAAAAUAUGACCAGUAACAAGCAGACUCAGGGUUUUGGUAGUGGUGUUUGCGAUUCCUGCUCUGGUAGUAGGUGAGGUUGCCUAGUUGAGUCAGAAAGCCAUUAAAUUGAUUCAAAGCACUCUUCUCGGUCACUUUGGAAAGUACGGGAAGUAACGAGAUCGGACGGUCGUUAUUAGGAAUCUUGUGAUCUCCAGUCUUAGGGUGCUGUACCACCACUGGUUUCUUCCAGGUGCUGGGGAAAGCGGAGCUGGCAAACAAAAGGUUUACUAGCGCGGUUAAGGUUGGUAAUACAUGGGGCAAACAGUCCUUCAUCCCAGAUGAGGGAAUUCUGUCAUAUCCUGGGGCUUUAUUCGAAGGCAUAGCCAUAAUCACCUUUCACACAUCCUCAUAAGUUACUGCUUUAAAUUCAAACAACUUGUCACAGGUCUGAUGGACAGAGCUUAAAAGGGAUGGGAAGGUUUGAUAAGCCAUGCAACUGGGCAAGCUCUGCAGUCACGAGCUGUGUUCUCUCCCACAGAUAUAAAAAAGUGUUUGAAUCUAUUAGCAAGUCUUCUCAAUCUUUCUCAGUCUCCAUUGUAAAACGGAUGGUUGUUGAGUGUUGAGGUGCUGUAGAAAGUCUUUGACAUUGUUCCAUUCUGAGAUAGUAAAAGUGUCAUCAACAUAAUGUUUCCAGAUCUUUGGUGCGGUUGGCACGGAUGGUAGUGCCUGUUCUUCAAAGUCCUCUAUGUAGAGGUAUAGCUAUGACUGCGGAAACUGGGCUUCCCAAAGCAGCACCAUCUUGUUGUUCAUAAAUCGCUACAUCAUACUGAAAGUAUGUGGACCUUAAAACAAAGUUUAGAAGGUCAUCAAUCUGUGCAGCUGUUAAAGUUGUGUGAUUAGGGAAGCUUAGGUCACUCUCUAGUUUCCAUAACGUAGCUCUUAGAGCGCCUUCAAUCGCAACGUUUGUAAAUAAAGAGUCUACAUCGAAAGAUACCAUGAUCUCAUUUUCAUCUACCUUUUCUUUGUUUCUAGUAGACACAAAAUCAGCUGAAUUCUUAACCGUGUAGUCAGACUUCCCGUUAAGGGAGCUAAGAUGUCAGCUAAAUAGGCUAAUAAAUCAUAAGCAAAGGUGUUAACAUAUGAAACUAUAGGUCUGAGAAGUAUGCUCGAUUUGUGUGUCUUAGGUAGACCGUAUAUUCUAGGUGGCUGUAUGUGUUUAGGUCUCAUCUUGUUAUACACAGGUUUAAGAUUUAAGAGCUUUUCAGUUAAUUUUCUCCUUAGACGGUCAGUAUGGUCUUUGUUAAUAAGUCAAUAUAGACUGCUCUCGAUAAGUUUUCAUCUUCUGGCAAUAGUUCCCGGUAUCUUAAACUGCACUGGCACGACCCUUGUUAGCCGGGGGAACCAUAAUAGUGUUAUCCUCCUCCUAGCUUUCGAGGGUUGUUUCAUGUCUUUACUUAUGUUAGGCUUAGGUGGCUGUGCCUUUUGGAGAAGAUUAUUAACAGUUCUCCUGGCUGAGUUGGCUUGUUCUGUGUCAAGUGGUCUAGUAGCAGACUCGACUUUGGCAACUUUCUCAGUGGCGGAAGGUUGGGUUAAAAUUUUUAUUUAUACCCCAUUUAUGUAAAAUGUAGCUUUUCAUAAUUAUGCAGGAUUUUUAGUUACUGGUAGCCCUUUUAUAUUUCUAAAUAUUCUAUAAAACGUGCAAACUUGUGAAAGGCAUGCACAGUAUUUCCGAAUUUUAAAGUACUUUGAUGAUAUUUGAAAGUGGCAUGUUAUACGUUGGUAAAGUAAAAUUUCUGGUGCCUUGGCGGGGGGUGUUACUAAAACGAAGACCCAAAAACGAAGACCUAAGACCCCUUGGACUAAAACGAAGACCCCAUGGACUAGAAGGAAGACCCCAUGGACUAAAACGAAGACCCCAUGGACUAAAACGAAGACCUCAUAGACUAAAACAACUGAUGCUAACCGCUACGGGCAAUGCCCGCUCCCGUAAUUUGUUACGGCGAUUUGGGAAUGUUGUGGAAUUUGUUCUGCAGUAUUUAGUUGUGAUAGUCAAGUCUAUCACUUUCCUUUAGGUUUCUUUGCGGGAAAUAUUUUGCAUGUUUUAAACCUUUUUUGAAAGUGUUUACGGUGAAGAUGACGUCAGUUUUUUUUUAAAUCAAAGCUUUUUGCAGAGUGAAGGCGGGAGAGCCCUUGUGGCCUAGU